GGCGUCGCAGGCAGCAUGCUGGAGACGGUUUUUAAACAGUUGGACUCCCGGGGGACUCCUCUGUGCAGCAGCCAUAUCAACUCCUCACAUGCUGUCUAUAUUGUUCAGACAACAGAGGCAGGCUUCCUCGGCCUCCUCAGCGGCCUCCCAAAGGAACUUCAGCAACUGUUUCCUGUCACCACACAGCAGGACAUUCAGAGCUUAGCUGAAAGAGAUUCUGACGUUCUGUGGGAGGUCACUGAAGUUGAAAACAUCAGUCGUGGAGGAAGAGAAAUGAAUUUCAGCAGCAGGAAGGGAAACAAGAGUGAUGUUAAGGAAGAAGUGAGAGAAACAAUUGUAAAUGGAAUUCUGAAUCCCACAGCGUGUCUCCAUUUGGGCGACGUUAUACUGUUCACUGUUGACACACGUCACUAUCCUCAGUAUGAUCUUGACAACUUGUACAACACAAAUAGCGAUUUUGACUGGGGCGUAUUCAGACUGCUAAAAGAAGAGAUGACUCUGUCUUGGACUCCUCCCAUCUUCUUUGCGGUGGUCUCUAGCCAGCCUGGAGUAUAUGUUUUUAGACUGAGCAGCCAUCAGCACAAACAACUGUAUGUACGGGUGAUGCCUGCAGGCGGCCAGUGUUAUGAGCCCGGCCCCUUCUUCCCCACCAUCCCUCGUCAUGUGACCAGGGUGGGAAUCAGUAGGAGACGCAACCUGUUACUGAGGCCAGAUUGGCUGGUGACAGGAGGGCUGCUAUUUGGAGCUGUGGUCAUCCUCUGUUUAUGUGUUACACUGCUGAUCCUUUUCCGUGAAUAUGGAUGGCCUGAGAAGGAGCCAAUCAGAGCGCGGUAUCGGUUGUUGCAGUUGGCCUACCACAUGGACGACUACUCAUCAAAAGGUUCAAGGGUGAUCUCACUUAAGAAGAUACACCGAAACCAACAAGCUAGAAUGACACAAGACUCCAUUCAGCCAGCCUGUGCAGACACCUUGGAGGACUUUUGGGAUUAUGAGCACCAAGUGGAUCUGGAGGCCUUUAGCAGCAACACAUUCUACGGCCUCCUUCUCAAACAGAGUCUGUCUGUCACCACACGGCUGGGGCAGCUUACCACUGAGGCCAGUAGCUCUUAGUUUAAAUGCUAAAACAUACAGUGUGUGAAAGGAUUGACAUUUACGUCCUCUUUUCCGUCACACAUACUCUGAUGCAUGUCAUUCUUUUAUCUGAGCUUUCUUCCCUUUCCUUGG